AUGUUGCGUGAACGCAAUACGUUUGUGCUAAGGGCUCAUCGUAAUUGCAGCGAGGAGCGACAACAUGCAUUCACGCUGCAUGUGAAUAUUAGAGAGAAAGAUUUAGCUCAUUUUAAUGGGGGAAAUGGCACAGAAGGAGCCAAAGCACUUGAGCGGUUGCUAGAGGUACUGAACAAUGACAACAGUUUUCAGGCUUUAGUUCGGGAGAUGGAUGACCUCAGACAAUUAGAUCAGUUUGUCAAGAUCAAGGCCAAGGACGGCACGCACACGCUUGAGCUCCUGGAUGUAACGGUUCAGUGGCAGGUGGCGGAGGAACCAGGUCUUUCUAACGUCUUGCAGCGUGUCCAAGUCAGCAAUGAUGCUGCACAAAAGACGGCGAAGAAAGUUGAUGGAAGGUACCAUCGUCUACCUGUGAGAAAGCUAGUUGUGGCUGCUUGGAUGUACCCGCCACACGUCAAGAUUCCCCCGACAGGCGAUCAGAUCCCCUUCAGCGACGUUGAUAAGCAGGAUUUUUUUGUCGAAGUGGAAAAUGACAACAACAUAGAGGAAUCAGCUCAUACAGAAUGA